AAAACUCGGCUGUGUCUGCUUGAGCUGCUGUUAGAGGAACUCUGAAGAUGGAUAAAGAACUUUUUAGAAAACUUGCGUCUAAAAUGGGGAUCAGCUCGGUUAGAGUGUUGAGCCAGGCAGAGGAGUACAUGCGGUUGUCUCAGGUCAGGUGCACCAGUCUCGGUGGUGCCACAGCUACCAGUAAAGCUAUUAUUUGCCUGGAACUGGCAGCAACAGCUAUGAAGUUCCCCCUGGACAAGGAGUUUGCCAUCAAACUCUCAGGGCUGAAUAAGAAAAUCUACCAGAGCAGCCUGAAGUCGAUGGAGUGCAUGCUGGGUCUGCAGUCCAGCGUUGGGCUCAGAGAGCUGGCUGUGCAGUACGGCUGUAUGGAGGCAGUGAAGGUGGCGUCUCAGAUUCUCCAGAGAUACGGGGCCAGUCUACCUGCAGCUCAGCAGCAAGACCUGGAUCUGUCAAAGCCCCUCUUCACCACAGCUGCUCUCUUCACCGCCUGCAAGUGCAUGAAAAUCAGAGCAGACAAGAAGCUGGCGUCGUCUUCCGGAGCCAAGAAGGGCAUCUUUGACAGGCUGUGCUCUCAGCUUCAGAAGUUUGGACAGGAGAUUUGCAGUUCAGCUCCUUCUAUGAAGGGACCACCCAAAACAACCCAGAAACGACAGAAGACCCUCACAGAGACGCUACAAGAGACGGAGGAGGAUGAUGGGUUGCCAACAUCUCCUAAGCAACAGUGCGAGCAGCAGCUGAGGGACGACGAGGCCGAGGAGGACCCGAGACAGAAUUAUGAGGAGUGGAAGAGAAAGAUCCUGGAGAACGCGAUGCGAGCGACGCCCGGAGAUUCGUAGGAGCGGAGAACGAACGUCGACGGCGAUGGAUUUUAUUUAUUUUAUUUUUUGGUGAUGCUUUACUGAAGGGUGGCGCUUUUAUGAGUUCUUUAUACUUAGAUGCUACAAAUGGUAUAUAAAUAUUUGGCAACCAAAAUUUAUUCAGCUGAAAAUGGCCCAAAAAAAUCUCUUCAAACAAAUAAGUGAAAAGACCCAAUAAUUUAUACAGAACAGGGCUGUGCUGAGAUGAUUAUGUUCAGCGAAGCAAUAAAAAAAUACAUAAAAUACAUUAGGCUACUUAAUUUAUAAAAUUCUCAACAAAGUGACAAAAAAAACACAUCGUCAAAAAGGCAUCGUUUUGGCCCGUAAUCAUCCUUUCAUUGUGUUUCAAAUAAAAAAUAAAAAAGCUUUUUUUUUUUUUUUUUUUUUUUUUUUUACAGUAAGUAUCUUACUGCUACUGCAUCUCAAAAAAUUUGAAUAUCAUUGAAAAGUUACUUUAUUUCAGUAACUCAGUUCAAAAUGUAAAACUCAUAUCAUAUAGAUGGAUUACACACAGUGAUCUAUUUUAAUCGUAUUUUUUUUUUUAUUGUUGAUAAUUUUGUGGCUUACAGCCAAUAAAAACCCAAAAAUCAGUUUCUUAGAAAAUU